AUGUCCUGGGCCAACAUCCUAGGGUGGGAGCCCCGAAAUGUGUGUGUUGGCCAGUGUUUGGGAACUUCCCAGUGCUGCCUCUCAGUUGUUCAGUCACUAAGACUCUUUGCAACCCCCAUGGGCUGCACCAUGCCAGACCUCCCUGUCCUCCAGUACUCCCGGACUUUGCUCAAGUUCAUGUCCAUUAAAUCGGUGAUGCUCACUAUCUCACCCUCUGCCGCCCGCUUCUCCUUUUGCCUUCAAUCAUUCCCAGCCUCACGGUGGCCCCUGGUUAUUAAGAGCCCCUUCACAAAGCCUUCCUCACCUCUCCUACCACUUCGCAAGCUCUUCCCUCUUUUGUCCUUGGGAUGUGUCAUGGCACUGAAUCCUCACCCAUGGCCUGCUGUGGGCUGGUGCCUCCACAGACACCUAACAGGGAAGCAACCGGAAGCUGGAGGAGCAGGGGGUAUCUCCAGUCAGCUAGUCAGCUGCUGGUUGUGGAGUCCUUCCCUCUUGGCCACCACCUGUAGGGGCCACGGAGUGGGGGACAAGGCAGAAUGUGUCAGAGAGGAGCAGUAG